AUGCAGGGGUUCAAUAUGGGACGCUAUGUCCCCCCGGACCAAGAAGGCCUGACGUCGGCCAACAAGCUCGCCGGCAAGCACGCGCUCGGAGCGCGGGCCCGCCACCUCCAUACAACCGGCGCGCUGAUCGUCCGGUUCGAGAUGCCAUUCGCCGUGUGGUGCACAACAUGCAAGCCACACGAGACGCUGAUCGGGCAGGGCGUGCGGUUCAACGCCGAGAAAAAGAAAGUCGGGAACUACUAUUCCACCCCCGUAUACAGCUUCCGCAUGAAGCACACCGCGUGUGGCGGGUGGAUUGAGAUCCGAACGGACCCGCAAAACACGGCGUAUGUGGUUUUCGAGGGCGGGAGGAAACGAGAUACCGGGGAGACGAAGGAGUUGCAGCCGGGGGAGAUUGCCAUCCGACCCUAUGGCAUGGGAGAGCAAGGCCCCGCCGAAAAGGACGCGUUUUCUAAGCUCGAGGGCAAGGUCGUUGAUAAGCGUCGUGCGGAGACGGAAACCACUCGGAUUUUGGAAUUGCAGAAACGCCAGAAUCGGGACUGGGACGACCCCUACGAGAAGUCCAGGCGUUUGCGGCGCGCGUUUCGUACUGAGAGAAAAGGUCUCGAGAAGGCGGAUGCCAACCGUGAGGCCUUGAAGGACAAAAUGAGCCUAGGGAUUGAUUUGGUCGAUGAGACUGAGGAGGAUCGCCAGCGAGCUGGGCUGGUUGAUUUCGGGGAUGAUCAGACUGCCGCGGGAGAGCAGGCUGCGCGGACUACUCGCGUUCGGCCCAUGUUUGAGCAACGGACUCAGACAGCUAUCCCCGAUUCCCGAUCACGCGACAAGCACAAAAGCUCUUCCCGGGUACAUCGCACAGAGGGUUUGAUCGCACGGCGCAAAGCCAGCCUUCGCCAUGAGCUGGCUGGGAAUACUCGCGCGGCAGUUGACCCUUUCCUGGCGGAUGUGGCCGAUGAGCAAAAUGCAUGGCAGCCGGAGAUAAAAAGGAGGAAGACAGAUUCUCCUCUGAUCACUGGCUCUGCUAGGGAUCUCAAGAAUCUCACUGCCAACACCACUGCUACCGAUUCAUCGACAGGAAAUACCUCCGUAUUGAAUUCACCAGACGUGGGACUGGCCGAUGGUACUAAAGGGUCGUCGACUGCGGCAACACCAACAGCACUGGUGGACUAUACUUCUGAUACCGAUUGA